GUGAGUUAGUGGAUGGCUGCAAGUUAGCUUGACCACCGAGUUGCUGAAAUGUUUUGCUUGAGAGCCGUGAGAAGGUUAUGUCUGGAGAAGAUACUGCUACAGUGCAUUCUUCAGUCAAGAACCUUGUCAGGAGCUGAUGCCAUCAAUGCUCUCAGACCUUUCUAUUUUGCUGUGCAUCCAGAUUUCUUCGGCCAGCAUCCCAAAGAGAGGGAAGUAAAUGAAAACUCUCUGAAGAGGUUAAAUGGCUACUUGGAGAAUCUACAGAAACCAGGAUUUCGCUCCUUUAAGCCAACUCAGCUUACUUUUUAUGUAAGAGAAAGAGAACCAAACUCUUCUAAUGUUCAAGAAUCCUUCAGUGCUUCAGGGUUUCGAGCAGUGAGCUUUACAUUACAUACUAGGGAUCUCCUGAGCACAGUAUUGGAUAUUCUCAACUCCUGCAGUUUAUCCACGGAGCAUGUUCAGAGUCUGAAUGUGAACUCUCAGCCCCACAAGGAAGCAAAAAGCACAGUGAACAGACCUAUCAAAUGGGAUAAGACUUACUACUCAUUUACUGGAUUCAAGGAUCCUGAGGAGGAACUAGAACAAGCGCAGAGAGUAGAAACAACGUUGAUAUCCUGGCUAGAUGAUAAUGAAGCAAGUGCAGUAAAAAAGCUAAAGAAGAGUUUGCCACUUAGAAAAGAACUAGAACGUUUAAAAUCUGAACUCUCUCAUCAACUCCAGCUCUCCGAUAUCAGGUGGCAGAGAAGCUGGGGCAUUGCUCACCGCUGUAGCCAGCUGCACAGUCUUGGUCGCUUAGUUCAACAGAGACCUGAAGUAUUAAAGAAUGUUAAAGGGCGCACGGUGGUGUUUACAGACCGUUCAGGUAUGAGUGCAGCAGGCCACAUAAUGCUGGGGACCAUGGAUGUUCACCAUCACUGGACCAAAGUUUUUGAGAGAUUGCCAAACUAUUAUAAACUUCAAAAAAGGUUGUUGCUGUUGGAAGAUCGGAUAAGCCAACUUCUGGGAGGCAUACAAGUAAUAUAUAUUGAAGAACUGCAACCCCUGUUGACUCUGGAGGAGUACUACGAGACUCUGGACUCUUUCUAUAAUAAAUUACGUGACAGUAGACUACCUUUUCAUCCUCGCAGUCUGCGCGGCCUGCAAAUGAUUCUGGAAAGGUAGGUAUUUGCAGGAAAGAUUGCUUCCUUUUAGAGCUUUU